GCGAUAGUCACCUAUUUCACAACCAGUAAUACAGUCCUUUUGGGUUUCAUUCAAUUCAAAUAUCACCCUAUUUUAUAGAAGGGAUCUGUCACCUAGGCUUACUCGGUAACUCAGUAGCUAUUUUAGUGGUACCAGCUGUAAAUAGAAUAAGUAAGUAGGCUAUGAAAAAAAAAAUCACAUUCGUUACCAGCGCACUGCUGCAGUUUACAACACAGAAAAAACGCAUAGAAAAAAAAGUAUACCCAAGACAGAACCAAACUUUGGGGGGAAAGAGCCCGUCGAAGUCAGUUUGACUUAAACUAGCCCCAUAUGUGUAUCCCACGUGUUCAUGUCAGCGAGAGAAGUGAGCACUCUUGCAUCGUGUGAGCAAGACGGAAAAGGAGGACAUAAGAGGAAGUUAAUGUGUAAAUAAUAGAACAGAAAAAUACGACUGAAUAGUGGACCAGUGAGAGAGUGUGUGGUGUGUCACAGAACCUGUUGGAAGACUUCACCAAGAGCCACCCAGAGGUUCCCUCAGAGGUGUGGCUUUCUGGCUCAUGUGGGGCAGUCUUCAGCGCGUGCCUCUCCAGUUCACUCUGCCACAGCCAGCUGCAGCCGUAACACCUACGGCACCAGGCUUGGCUAUGGACCUUCCGAUCCCGUUCCUGCUGCUGGUCCAGGGCAUCAACACAUUGCUUAACUGGUCCCUGGUGCUGAUUCAGAGGGCCCACCUGACCAGCAGCUUCAUGGGGGCCUUCUGUGUCUCUCUGACUGUGGUCGACACCCUCUUCACUGCCAACAUGUUGGCCAUUUACAAACUGCAGGAUUUUAGCCUCUUUGGCAUGCGCUUCACCAGCCACCACAUAUGCCUGCUGGUGCAGAUAUCAGGUUUAAUCUAUGGCGUGCUGCAGUGGCCCGUGCUGUUUGCGGCAGGACUGGAUCACUAUGGCUCUUUAUCGGUUGGCCCAAAGCAGACUCACCAGGUUUGGAAGCUUCACUAUGCAGCCUGUGCCAGCAUCCUGUGGGCUUCCGCACUGCUCUAUGUGUUUUUGGGGCCCGGCUUCCAUCUAGUGUUGGAGGAUUCGCCUCACCUGCUGUUGGACCACUGCCAGACUCAGAAUGACUACGCCAGUUCCCAGAUCUCCAUUGCCCUGCUGGUGACUGUGGGUUGUGUCACACUGUACGCUAGGAUAAUGGUUGAUGAAGACAAGCUCAUGGAGGAAGUUCAGAGGCACUCUGUGCAAAAGUCUCAAAAGAGUGAGAUCUCAAGGACAUCCGUCCUGGUUCAGGCCCUCAUCACGUUCACCAAGACUUGGGCUGCAUUUCUACUAUUGGUGGUGGCUGUUCUGGCCUUGCAGACCCCUUGUGUCUCCACUGUUUUGAUGAAACUGUGA